AUGGUAACUGCAGCAGAGCGUAUGGCGAAAGUGGUGAACUGGCAGCAGGUGGCAAUCGUGUCAACAGCCCUCAUCGUCACCGUUAUAAUCACAAGCCAAUGCUAUUCGGCUUCUUGGGAUAAAAGUUCGAGCCGACCAUCUGAUGACUACACCGUCACUGCCAGUGACCAGCAAUCCUCUCAGAAACCCUCGAGAUUCCACAUUCAGGACUACGGCCUUCAGGGACCCAUUCCCUGGACGUACAUCCGACCGUCCGUCCGCGAUGAGUUCACUGUCAACGGCUCGAUCCGGGCCGUUGAUAAAUUCUACGGGAUGGAUAAGGCGGACUCUGGAGCGAAGGCGUUCGUCUGGUCUAACGAAUUUGUCGCCCAAAAACGUCGACGGGCGGAGAGGCGAUUCCCUGUGGUUUCUAGUUACGGCGAAAAUACAACCUUAACUUUUUAUGAGGCGUUUGAUAAGUACCCUGUGGAAGGGAAAUCAGUGCUGGUUGUAGGAAGUCAAAACCCUUGGGUUGAGGGGAUUCUCCUGGCGUAUAAAGCUGGGUCAAUCACGACCGUUGAUUUUAACAAGCCGAUUGCAGAUUAUCCCGGAUUGAGGCUGUGGAAUAUUGCUGAGCUGGACGCUUCAGAUGAGACCUUUGACGUGGUGGUUUCGUAUUCGUCGCUGGAGCACGAUGGGCUGGGGAGAUACGGCGAUCCGCUGAACCCAAAUGGGGAUCUGCAGAGAAUGAUGAAGAUCAGGGGGCUCCUGAAGCCAGGCGGGCUCUUUCUCCUGGGCGUCCCAGUGGGCAACGACACACUAGUGUUCAAUGCGCAUCGCGUGUACGGUCCCAUCCGCAUGCCGCUGCUGCUCAAAGGAUGGGAGCUGCUGAACGUGUUCGGGGUGUCUAGUCUCGAAGCAGCUUAUAAAGAGAACGGGGAUGCGGGCACCAUGCAGCCGGUCUUGGUGCUGAGGUAG